AGACACUCCAGCCAGUAGAUAGCUGUUUCGAUUAGUGCCCAUUCAGUCAUCCUGCAGGACGGAUUCGACUGGCCACCAAGCAGCCUCCCGUUGUCUCCUGGACUAAAUCCAAAGACACUAUUUUUGGACCAUGUCGUCCUCACAGGCCGAUCUCGAGCUUGGAGAAUAUGUAUUCCUCCCGAAUGUUGUCACUUCAUUUCACUUGAGGAUAAAUAUUUAUACCACCCUCCUGACUAAGCAUCUCGGGCAAAGCAGCGCAAAAACCCAAAAUAGGCAAUGUCAAUUCAACCGUGAUAACUAGUAUCCUCUCUCUAGAACAGCUGCAAUCAUCAUGACCCUCCAACAGCCCUCCUCUGCCACCGCCAUCUUCCUCGACCAGCCCCCGAGCUGCCUCCAAUUCCACCCCUCCUCCCCCAACCACUUCCUCGUAGGCACCUAUCUCCUCUCCGAGCAUAAAGAUGCCUCCACCGACAGCAUACAACAAACCAAAACCGGCAGUUUGCAAUUAUGGCAUUUAAACCCCGCCACCAACGAACUAUCUCUCCUUCAAAAAUACGCCCUUCCCUACGCAGUCUUUGACCUGCACUUCCACCCCACCAAUCCCACCCUCGCUGCCAUCGCCACCAGCGCAGCCUCAGUGGUAUUCUUCCGGAUUACUCCCCCCACCGAGGGAGCAAGCUCAAGCUCAAGCUCAAGCUCGGGAACAGCAUCCUUCAUCACGGAACUGCACACGCAAUCCGUCCACGAAGACCCCUCUAUCCCAGCACUCUAUCUCGCCUGGCUACCCCAGAACUGGCCCAAUCCCAAUCCCAAUUCCACUUCAUCUUCUAGUGACGGCAACGCCUCCGGCUUCGCAGUCACCUUCUCCGACGGAAGAACCACUCUCUUCCACCACCCCUCCCCAUCCUCAUCCCCCAUCCCCAUCACAGAAGGCGACUCCUUCCCCGCAAACCAAGAAAUCGAGGUCUGGUACGUAGCAGCAGCCACCUACCCCGAAACAUCAACAGAAGAGGAAACAUCUACACCCUACCUCUUCACCGGCAACGACUUCGGGUCCCUACACACCCGGUCAUUCUCAGCCACAGACACAGACACAGAAACAACAUGUCUGCUUUCUCACGAUGACCGAGCCCGUCACCACACGGCGGGGGUUACCUCCAUCGUACCACUCCCUGUCCCCAUGACUGAUGGCGCGCCGUGGUUGCUCACGGGUAGCUAUGAUGAGUGUCUUCGGGUGUAUCAUGCGUCGCGGCGGGGGGAGGUCCUGGGGGAGGUGGGGCUGGGGGGUGGGGUGUGGAGGUUGCAGGUGCUGUCAUCCUCGGAGGGGCUCAGUGGAGGGGAAGGGGAGGGAAAGGAGUGGGUGUUUUUGGUGUUGGCGAGUUGUAUGCAUGCGGGGACGAGAGUGGUCAGGGUGCGGUUGGUGCCUGGGGUGAGGUGUGAGAUGGAGGUGUUGGCGGAGUUUACGGAGCAUGAGAGUAUGAAUUAUGCGUCGGAUGUGUGGAAAUCGAAGGGAGGGUAUGAUUUGCAGGGGAGAAAGGAGGGGGACGAGGUGGUGUGUGUGUCUAGUAGUUUUUAUGAUCGGAGGGUUUGUGUGUGGCGGGUGAACGUAUGAUUGUAUAGGUUGUAUGUAUGAUUCUACAGGGGAUGUAGACAGGGGACGUAGAUAGAGGUAUGGUCGUGAAGAUGCGCUGAUAGGGUCAUGAUGCAGAGUGACAACAGGUAUACAAACAAAACAAGCCCCGCCCGAAGCCCGAAGAUGAAAUCUAAUCCAAUAAAACC